ACAUGGCGCAGGAAAACCUCUGAAAGGUUUGUUUACCGUUACUACGAUUCAAUCUAAGGACUCCUAUUUCUUCGUUUGUUUAUCACUGAUAAAAGAAAUGAAGCUGAAAACUCAAACAAUUAAUGCGGUGUUUUUAUUGGCAUGAUGGCGCAAUCUGGACAUGUCGAAAGUGAGAAUUACUACGACAGACCACCAGCAUCAAGAGACUGGUUACAUCACACAAAUCAGUCACUCACUAGACUUAAAGAUGUUAAAAAGACUUCAAUUUGGCUGAAUGGAGGACCACGUGAGAGAGAAGUAAAUUGCCAGUGUAGCUACAGGAGUAAAAGUAGAGACAGCUUCUUAAGUUUGGAAACUGGGCCUCCUCAGUUACACAUUGACAGCCAAGAGACAGCUAGCAUGAAAGACUUGUCUGUACCUGAAAUAAUGAAACAGUUCCAUGAAAGGCAGAAAUCCAAACUAAAAAGGAGGCCCCAGUCAUCUACUGUGUAUUCAUCCAGGAGUGCAGAGAAGAAGCAAGACUGGCAGAAACCCUCUGAAAACAACUACAGUGCAUUUAUUUCAGUAAAAGGACAAACAGUUACACCUCAGCAUCGUCCACCUCCGGGGUCCUUGCCACUCAGGGAAACAAAGAAAGAUGAUACUUCUUACAAAGGAUUAGUGUAUCUUGAUCGUCAGCAAGAGGAGCUGGAUCGCAGCUUGGCACCGCAUGACCUUUGGCGAUACUCUGCGGCGUUCUGUGAAGAUGAAGAUUCUGAGAGUACCAAUCCCCCUCCACCACCUCCCAGAGCCUCUCCAGAACCAUCGUCACCAAAACUAAAUUGGCCUGAAGUUUUACAAUCAGCCGAAGAAGCUUACAGUGAGGAAGACGAUGAUGAUGAUUUGGUCGAUGAAUCUCAGGAGACAAGGUCGAUAUCUUCGGCUGGCUCGCGUUCUUUAGUGUUCGCAAUUCCAACAGGAGGUAAUGAAGGUACCGAAAGUGAUGAUGAACAGACUCCGAGUCUCUUAGACACUGGCAGAGUGUCUUCUGAUUAUGUUGCCAGGAGCGAGUCUAUGCUUCAUAAAAUAUGUGAUAAAAGUCAAGCAGAGAGUGCUGUAAUAUCUGAUAUGCUAGUCGACUUGAAAAGCACGAACGAAAAGAUCAGUCAGCUUCGAAUCAGCCCAAGAGAUUUAGAUCUGGAAUUAACCUGUGACGCCACAACCCCUUCAGUUCUUUUGGCAAAGAUGGAAAUAGAAUGCACCGCUGGCACUGAUCAAGAAACAACGCCACAACAUGAAAUCGAAUACGAAACCAUGUGGGUUGAAGAGCCUCAGGUCUCGAACAGGUUGAAUGCUCUUUCCAACCGAUUUCCCCGAGCCUGUUCAGCAAGAUAUAUGACUCAGCAUAAAACUUCGCGUGUUAGAAAACAACAAAGCGAAAGUUCUCUUGCACUGAAAGGAAAAACAAUGGAAUUCUUCAAUCCGGAGGACUUAGUGGCGAAAAACCUUUCAAGAGACCAACGAAAAAAUCCAAGACAUAAUGACUUUACUGGGGAAGAACAUGAAAUGCUUGAAAAGAGAGAAGACACCGAUCCAGACAAGGUUGUUACAAAACCGCCGUUACCAAAAUGGAAUACCUCAAAAACCAAGAAAAGACAUAAAUUAAAACAGAAACGACAGUCUGGCACUGAAAAUUCAAGUGACAGCAGUAUCCUGGAUCAACCAUCAAAGUCUUCUCUGCGAAAGUCAAGCUCUGAAGGCAAUAUCCAUUUGUAUCAGGCAGCAGAUACCAAUUUGUCACUGGGCAGCAAUCUGAAACUCAAAUCUGUAACGUUUAGACGAGAUGUUUUGAGUCAAGUUGAUGACGUUAAAGUUCCCCUCGACUCUUCUCAACUCCCCACUUACUCCAGUGUUGAGGCGGAAAUUGUCGCCAAACCUGCUGUACAAACUUGUGCUUGGUCUCAAAGUUCAGGAGUUGUUAUAAACAAUGGUUUGGAAAUGAAGGAGGCUAACCUACAGGAACAAGAAAUCUCAGCAGUAGAGAUUACCGACAAAGAAUCGAGACUCAGUCAUACUCGAAAAACAGCUCAAAGUUCACGAGCAAAACUUUUGGCCAAAAUGAAAGAACUGCCAGGUGAUGAGGAACUAUGUCCGUGCAGAACAGUUACCAGACCCACCACAGCUUUGAUAACAGAGUUAAGGAACUCGAAAUCUAGAACAAAAGAAACAUCCUUGAAGAAUGAUAAAUUAUUAAAACAUCGUGUUACUAGGCCCAGCUCCGCGCCGCUCAAACGCUCGUCAGGCAACGGAGAUAUAUUGAGACUAGAAAAACCUCACUCACCAGGUAGCAAACCUCGUGCCAUGUCUGCUAAAGGACAGCGAAAAAGGACCGGAUCUGAAGGAGGACAAACCCGCUCCAGGCCUUCUUCAGCCCAUGUUGGCAAGUUAAGCUCCAAAGAUGCUCGUAGGAGCCGUGCCGCUGCUAAAGUUCUCAAAGACGGAUUCUUGUUCAAGGAAAAACCCCCGCCACCAUUACCAGCAGCUUCAAAGGAAAGUCAAAAACGGAGAGAAGAGCAUGGAAGAUCGAAACAAGACAACAACAACAACAAGAGUCUCACACUGCCGUGGAAUAAGGAAGAAGAAAUUGUAGCCUCGGAAGAAUGCCAUGAGGUCUUCGCGCGCCUGCAGGAGAAAGGAAUUGAUGUCUCCAUGGAUACCAUCAAAAGAGGAUUGAUGGCGCCGGCGAGAAGGGCUGGUGACUACCAAGUGACCGGUUUGAGUUUGAGCUCUAAUCUCCUUAGCAGACCAGAAAAUUGGCUGACAGAAGAACACGCUCGUGUGCAGAUAUGGGAAAAAGCGCUGAAAAAUUCCAAGUGAUGUAUGCGAAUUGUCUCGACAUCAAACGGAGGGUGCAGUUCUGAAACUUGUCAAGUGCGGUGUACUGCUCUGUUGAUGGAGCUUAAAAAUGUUGGUGUUCCUUUUGUCUCCGAUCAAUAUGGAUUCGUUUUUCAGAUGUUCGUGCGAUUCACAUACAGAGCUCUAAGUACUUGAACAUUCGCAAGGAGCUAGGGGUGUUGGCAAUGUUUCACGGUCCACUGGCACCGCUCGCAAUUGACAAGGUCUAAUGGACUUUCUGUGUCAGGAUUUGUGGCAUACUUGUGGAAAGUUUAUUGACUUAAAAUGGAGCCAUGAGGUGCCCUCAUAUACAUCUUAUUUAUACAAGCCUACGUCUUUGUAAGGAAUAUUGGAAAGAGUAUGUGUGAAUAAAGAACUAAUUAUUUUCCUUGGCCAUAUUGACAUGGAGUUUAUGUCAGUUUGACUUCGUACGCAUUUUAGCACGAUACGUAGUUGCUAAGAGGAAAAUUUCUUGUCAUAUUGGGCCUUGAUUUGAUCAUUAGAAUGAAAACGAGUGAUUUCAAUAGAAUGCUUGGAUUUUUAACCUAAGCCUGAUUAAACAUACUUGUAAUAAGAACAUGAUUAUUUUCGUUGUAGUCAAGGAGUGGUCAUUGUAUUUCUUAACAUGCCUUCAAGAAAUAAGUAUUUUGGACUUUAAUGAUGCGGAUUGUUGUCUCGAAGGUGAGACGUAUGCUUUGGCAGCAAAUAGGUCUUCAUCAAUUUUGAGACGAAGCAAUUUUUUCCUCGUUCAGUUGUGGCUUUAAACUCCACCACAGAAACAGCCGAGGAAAAGAGCUAGACACCCUUAAGCAUUCGAUCGUUUUGAAAUGAAGCUUUUUCAGUGAUUGUUAUUUAUAACUGUAGGUUAUCUUGUUGGCCUUCAGCUUCUAACCCAAAUAAGAGCUUACUCUUUUCCAUGAUGGCUCAAACUUGUGAAUAGCUAAUGCAGGAUUUUGUUGGUAAAGUUGGUUGCAAUUGAUUACUGCCCUGAUAAUCACAAGAUCCAUUAGAAUCCGUAAUAAGCGAUUUAUAUACAAACAUUUCAUUUGGGAUCACAGCACUUAUUAAUUACACCACGGUUUAAUUAUAGAACACUCUAACAACAGAGCAGGAGAGAAUGACGCAGAAGAAUAGUUUGUUUUAGUUU